CAUGGGGCGACGACCAGCCAAGUGCUACCGCUACAACAAGAACAAGCCUUACCCAAAGACCCGCUACUGCCGCGGCGUGCCUGACCCCAAGAUCCGUAUUUUCGAUGUCGGAAAGAAGAAGAUGCCUUGCGAUGAGUUCCCUGCGGCGGCGCACUUGGUCUGCGACGAGGACCAGCAGUUGACCUCCGAGGCGCUCGAGGCGGCGCGCAUCGCCGUGAACAAGUACAUGGUGACCAAUGCUGGGAAGGAUUUCUUCCACAUUCGCAUCCGGCCUCACCCGUUCAACGUGCUACGCAUCAACAAGACCUUGUCCUGCGCCGGGGCGGAUCGCCUCUCGAGCGGCAUGCGCGGCGCCUUCGGCAAGCCCUACGGCACCGCCGCGCGCGUGGACAUCGGCCAGGUCUUGAUCUCCUUGCGCACCAAGGAGGAGAAGAUCCAAUUCGCUGUGGAAGCCUUGAGGCGGGCAUCGGCCAAGUUUGCGGGACGUCAGAAGGUGCACGUCUCCAACAAGUUUGGCUUCACGAAGUACACGAAGAAGGAGUAUCAUGACUACAAGGCACAAGGACGCCUCGUCCCGGAUGGCACCAACGUGAGGUGGCUCAGCAGCCGUGGCCCCCUGUGGCGCCUCAUUGGACGUGAGAACGCCUGAGACGCCCCGAGUCUGAGGACAAGGAAAGGCGAAGCGAACAGGUGUGGCGCCAUGUGAGAA